AUGACUGUUCAACAAGAAUCACAAUCGUUCGAUGCUUUACUUGAAUGUUCCAUAGCACAAACGCGUUUUGUUGAUCCUGUAAUUAGUGAAGACAAGCAUACUUACGAGCGAAAGGCUAUUAUUGAUUGGUUUCAGAGAAACCGAACCAGUCCUCUAACACGGCAACCAAUGUCUAUCAAUUCUUUACGUCCGAAUCAUAUUGUUAAACAAAUGCUGGAAGUAGAGAAGAAGGCAGAAAGACAAAAUUAUAGAUUCAAAUUGAAUGUUGAUGUGAGAAAAAAACGAAUUCGAGCUUUAUUUCAACAUGGUGAUAAGUUUAUAUAUGAAUCUGAGUGGUUAAAUAAUCAUCAGGGACCAAAAAUCGUUCUUUUACAUAUUCGUGGUGCACGAGCAUCGAAAGAAGCAUCAUUCUAUGCUAAAUUGAGUCGACAUCCAAACGUCGUUCGAACUUUUAGUAUUGUUGACCCGGCUAAUGAACAACCCAUGUGA